GUCAGUUAGUGACAGGUGCGAGCACAUGGCUAUUUGUCGUUAAAAAACCGUUUUAUUUCGUUUAAAAUUAAGUGAAAAUUGUGAAAUAAUAAAAUAAUUGUAGUUUUAAGUGCAAAAAGUGAAAAUGGCAAUGUUAGCGGAACGUAAAAGAAAGCAAAAGUGGUCCCUGAACCCUCGUGGGAAAGAUUGGGUAGAAGAUCCCAACAAAUUUGGACAAAAAAUGCUGGAAAAAAUGGGUUGGUCGUCUGGUAAAGGCUUAGGGGCGAAAGAAAAUGGUAUAACUGAACAUAUUAAGGUGUCAUAUAAGAAUGACAGUAAAGGUAUGGGAUACAAAGAAUGUAACGACCAAUGGACAGAACACGAAACCAACUUUAGCGCGCUUUUGGAGUCUCUAUCAGGUCAAGAUGCAGACAUUUCAAAAGUUGAAAAACCAGUCGAGACAUCUUUGGAGAAAAAAUCGCAAUCUUCAAAAGCUCGUGUACAUUACCACAAAUUUACAAGAGGUAAAGAUUUGAGUCGCUACUCAGAGAAAGAUUUGGCAAAUAUUUUCGGCAAAAGAACGCUAAAAGAGAAGAAAAUCAAGAAAACUGAAGAACCAGUGGAAGAAAACAAUACAUCGAAGAUUGAAGAAAAUUCUUCAUUUCAUUUUAAUAGAGGUUCCAUGGCGGAUUAUUUCAAGAAAAAAAUGCCAAAUUUUGGAAAAACGAACCAACUUGUUGUCGGCAACAACGGAGUACUAAAAUACGACAAAAAUGAAGAAGAAGAAGAUUGUAAGCCAUCUUUUGGUUUUGGCUUUAACACAAAUGAAGAUAACAAUACAACACAAGAAAAAGAAGAAGAAUCAACAAAAUCAAAGAAGAAAAUGACCUUUGUUUCAUAUGUCAAAUCAACAGAAGAAGAAGAAGAAGAACCCUCAACAAAAAAACGUAAAUUCAACAACACUGAAGAAUCCACUCCAAAGAAAAAAUUGAAGGUUGAACGUGAAGAUACCCCUAAAGAAAAAAAGAAGAAAAACAAAAAAUCACUUCAAAUUGAAGAAAAUUUAGGUUUGGCCAACCCCGCGUUUGACCCCCUGUACAACAACAUAAAAAUCGAAAAACACAGUCUUGAAAUAAUUGAAGAAAGUCAAGAGGAAGUCAAUGAAACUCAAGUUGAAGAACCCAGUGAGAAACCCAAGAAAAAGAAGAAAAAAUCCCAGAAUAACAAUGAAGAGUUUGAAGCAGUACCAGAGGAAAAAAAGAAAAAAAAGAAGAACAAAUCUUUAGAAGGCACAGAAGAAACUACAAAGAAGUCAAAAGAAGAAAUCGAGGAAGAAGCCCCACAAAAACCCAAAAAGAAGAAAUUAAAGUCAAAAAAUGAGGAAAGUUGUUUUGAAAACACUGCCUUCAACGAAAAUAAUGAAGAUUCUGUGCAAAUUGAAGAAAAUCCAUAUGAAGUUAAACCAAAGAAAAACAAAAAGAAGCGUAAAAUUGAAGAAACCGGUUUUGACAACCCAAAUUUGGCCCUUGAGGAUUCUGUGGUUAUUGAAGAAACUGAACAAAUUGAAGAAAAUCCAUAUGAAGUGAAAAUCAAAAAGAAGAAAGACAAGAAAAAUAAGGGCAAGAAAGUUGAAGAAAACGGCGUUGAUAAUCCAAAUUUUAGUGUACAAGCCUCUGAAGAAAGUCCUGAAAUAAGUAAAGAAAAUGAAAAUCCGUAUGAGGUGAAAGUGGGUAAAAAGAAGAAAGGGAAGAUAAAAGAAGCAAAAAUCGAAGAAAUUAAGGAAAAUAUGCCAGUAUGCGAUCUUAUUUUAAAUGUAGUUGUUACACCCAUAAUAAAAAAGGAAGAAAGUAAACCUAAAUAUGAAAGAAGUGGCACAGUAAAAAGAAGAAAAAGCGUGAGGUUUAGCGAUGUAAAUGAAGAGCGUAUUAUACCAAACAAAGAAGAAUUGCAGAUGAUGGAAGAAAGGAACGAAUUGUUUGAUAUAAAUACCAGGGUUAUAUCGAAUGGGUUGAAAGAAAAUGGCGGAAAUGAAGAUUCGUUUGAUAUGUCUUCAAUUGAUAGGCUUAGUUUUUACGAGCAACCCAAGAAAAAGAAGAAAGGCUUGCAAAACGAGGCUUUCAAUGAGGAUUAUAGCAUAGAAGAAAACAUAAGUGAAAUGGCAAAAACCAUGGAUAAUUUUCAAGCUGAAAUCGAUAAUUCCAUAAAUGAAGAAAAAUUGAAGACUAUAGAGUUGGAGGAUAUCAUGGUGGGGGAUGUGAAUGGUGAUAAUACAGGGAAACACGAAAAAACCGCAGAGGGAACAAAGCUGAAAUUCUACAGGGCGUCUUUUGGAAAAAGUAUAAGUUACUUUAACAACCAAAUUGGGCCUAAAAAAUCGUACAAACACCUUAUCAAAGGUGAUAUAACAGUUGCCUUUAAAAAUUCGAAUCUUCAUACCAUUGAAGGUUAUGCAACCAGAAGAAUAGAGAAUUAAUUUUAUUUAUUUUGUAAGAAUACAAACAUAAUUUAAU